GAGAGUGUGAGUGUGUGUGUAUAUCGGUGUGGGACCGAGCGGAGCGGAGCGGGGCCUCGCCAGAGCUUCACUCACACACUCGCAGGCAGGCGGAGAGACAGGCUGUGGAGACCCGGAUACAGAGCGCUCCUUUUGCUCGCGCGCGGGACUGUUUCCCCCUCUUUAUCUCUCUCUCUCUUUUUCUGUGUGUUUUCCCGGAUGGAUCCGCCCGCGCUCUGAACUCCUCGGCGCCUGGAGCUCCGUGCACGGCACAGAGGCCGUCGGCCAGUUCGCUCGGUGCAUGCGUGUCUGUUAACGAGAGAGAGAGACCGUGUGUGUGAGAGUGUGCGCGCGCGUGCGUGUUGUUUUUUUCUUUCACCCCCGACCACUGUUUUAAAUGUUCGUGAAGGAAGGGAGAUUAAAAAGGGGGAAAAUCCGGUGCGUUUGUUCUUAAACGGAGGAAUAUGUUCGCUCCCUGGCUGACUUUUGCACUUUGGGGAACUUUCUGUGCAGGACCCAGCCAUGGAGAGGUGGAGACACGCGAGUGUUUGUACUACAACAUCAACUGGGAGAUUGAGAAGACCAACCAGAGCGGAGUGGAGCGCUGCGAGGGCGAGAAGGACAAACGCUCACACUGCUACGCUUCCUGGCGCAACAACUCGGGUACCAUCGAACUGGUGAAGAAAGGAUGCUGGCUGGACGACUUCAACUGCUAUGACAGGCAAGAGUGUGUGGCCACUGAGGAGAACCCACAGGUGUUCUUCUGCUGCUGUGAGGGCAGCUUCUGUAACGAGAGGUUCACACACUUACCUGAUGUUAGUGGACCAGUUAUCGAGCCCCCUUCCCCUGCUCUCUCUGUGCUGAACGUGUUGGUCUACUCCCUGAUGCCCAUCACCAUGCUCUCCAUGGCGCUGCUGCUGGCGUUCUGGAUGUACCGCCACCGCAAGCCGCCCUACGGCCACGUGGACAUCAAUGAGGAUCCGGGUCCAACCCCUCCAUCUCCCCUGGUAGGACUGAAACCCCUACAACUGCUGGAGAUUAAAGCUAGGGGGCGCUUCGGCUGUGUGUGGAAGGCCCAGAUGAUGAAUGAAUAUGUAGCUGUUAAGAUCUUCCCUAUUCAGGACAAGCAGUCGUGGCAGAAUGAGCGAGAUAUCUUCUCCACGCCAGGGAUGAAACACGACAACCUGCUGCGGUACAUCGCUGCUGAGAAACGAGGGGCCAGCCUGGAAAUGGAGCUCUGGCUCAUCACAGAGUUCCAUGAGAGGGGCUCUCUGACUGAUUAUCUGAAGGGCAGUGUGGUGAGCUGGAAUGACUUGUGCCACAUUGCUGAAACUAUGGCUUGUGGGCUGGCCUACCUCCAUGAAGAUGUACCACGGUACAAAGGAGAAGGCCCCAAACCUGCUAUUGCUCACAGGGACUUCAAAAGUAAAAAUGUGAUGCUGAAGAAUGAUCUGACUGCUGUCGUUGGUGACUUUGGGUUGGCGGUGAAGUUUGAGCCUGGGAAGCCCCCAGGAGACACACAUGGCCAGGUUGGCACACGGAGGUACAUGGCACCAGAGGUGCUAGAGGGAGCCAUCAACUUCCAGAGGGAUGCAUUCCUGAGAAUAGACAUGUACGCCAUGGGACUGGUGCUGUGGGAGCUGGUGUCCCGUUGUACAGCUGCUGAUGGUCCUGUGGAUGAGUAUAUGUUGCCCUUCGAAGAAGAAAUUGGGCAGCACCCGUCCCUGGAGGACCUGCAGGAUGUGGUAGUCCACAAAAAGCUGCGACCAGCAUUGAAGGACUGCUGGUUAAAGCAUAUUGGUCUGGAGCAGAUGUGUGAGACAAUAGAGGAGUGCUGGGACCACGACGCUGAGGCGCGACUGUCAGCAGGCUGCGUAGAGGAGCGCAUCUCUCAGAUCCGCCGCCUCACCAGCCCCCCUACCUCGGACUGCCUCGUAUCCAUGGUGACCUCGGUCACCAACGUGGACUUGCCACCCAAAGAGUCCAGUAUCUGAGUCCUCCUGCAGAGCUCACACAGUGAAGAAACACUCAAAACACACACAAGCAAAUGAAACAACCCUCGUCUUUCCAGACUCAGCGGAUCUCAGACAACAACGUGAAUGCAGCUGCUAUUUUAUCCUGACAUUUUUAAAGUUAAUUAUUAUCAUUAUUAUUAUUAUUGUUAUUAUUAUUAUUAUUAUGAUUCUGAUUAUUAUUAUUAUUGUGAUCGGAUCAAUUCUACCAGCACACUUCUCUACUGUAUUUUUAUCAAGAGAGGAAAACAAAAAAAGAAAAAAAAAAAAUAUCAAAACAGCAAAAGGACAUCUCAAAGCGCAUUCAGGUGCCGACUUAUGAAUGCUGACAAGGUGCAGGUACCUCAACUUUUUUCAUUCAGUGUUUUUCUGUUUUCCGGACAGGAUUGCCUGUGGCAAAACCAACCAACACAUCAACCGACCAUUCACCAUGUUGGGUAAUACAACAAUGCUGCAAAACCUGAGAGGAACAUUAUGACUGUUACACACAAUUAACCUUCCUCAAGGGGUUUUUAGUUCUGUUUUAGUUUUUUUUUUCUCCACAUUUUCUUUUUUUCAUUUUCCUCUCUGACUGUGUGCUAUUCAAAAUUAUGGAAAACGUGUCUUUUACGGAACUAACGGGUGUCUCAAGAACACAACAAAAGAUGGAAGACAACUGGACUUUUGUUUUAAUUUUUUUUUUUUUUUCUCAUAUGAUUUUUUUUGGUGUUGAAGUUGGAGACUGUGAAGAGGGGUUGGUACAGAAUAGUAUUGUGUGGAUAUGAGAAUUUCAAAAUCUAGAUGCUAGAAAUUGGCUUGCGUUUAGAGAUAGUGGCGACGAGUUUUGGGUAAAGCAUUUUGUUUGGUAUGGAAUUAUUUCUCAGGUAUCCAGUUCUGG